UUAAUUUAAAGAUAUUUAAAACAAAUGGAUAUCAUCAUGCUCAACUCAAUUAUAUGGUUGAAAGAGCUCAAUCUCCUUGCUUUAAACCAGUUGAUAAUGAACUAUUGCUGCAGUAGAAUAUCUGACUCACAAGGGGAGGAGCCUAACAUCUCUGCUAAAACUAACUCUUUUAUUGUCAUUCGUGAUAAGUCUGAAGAUCUUGAAAAAAAAUCUUCAAAGACGACCCAAGCUUGCAGUCAGACAUCAGAGAAGCAGCAAGAGACUUCUUGUUGAGACAGUACUCCUGAAGUACACUACAAAACGUACAAGCAGAUCAAAGAAGCUUCUCUCAAGCAAGAUCCUGACAUUUCGAAGGCUCAGAUCUAUGAAAAUUUGUUGAAGCCUUUCAAGCAUGAAAAGAAAAUGGUCACAACUCCACUCACUGGCAGAGAGACCACCCUUUAUGUCUGAAAAUAUGGCGACUGAAACAAAGCUUACACUAAGAUCUGGAACUUGGUUGACCAUGCCAGAAUGCAUGAGGGAAUCAAACCCUACUCUUGCAGAAUCUGUCAUCAGUCUUUUACUCAGAAAGGCAAUUUAAAGAAACACUUGAAGCUGCAUGAUUUCCCAACUGUAAAAGAGAGAAGAAGAUUCCAAUGAAAAAUCUGCCACAAGAAGUACACUCAAUCGUAUAAUCUCAAGUCUCACAUGAAGAUCCAUGAAUAAACAUGAAAUAAAGUCGAAUCAUAGAAAGGCAGGAACUCUGGAUCAUUAAAAUAAUUGAUUUCUAAGCUACUUCAGUGCUAAAUAUGAUAUUUUGGGGUGAUAUAAGCAU